AUGACCAGCCCGGUGCUCCUUGAUCCAUCGAAUGCAAGCGAUGAAGGUUCGAGUUGUCCUGACGAGUCCCUGUUCGCCCUUUACUACUCCACACAAGCCUCUCGCGCGGCCGCCACACGAAAUUUCAUAGGCGCUCUACCCAUCGAGCUCUUGUUGGCAAUAUUUACGCAUCUUUACCAGUCGUCUCGUCGUCUCACUCAAACUGGUGAGAAGUGGGGAUUGGACGAUCCUCUAUCAUCGCUGUUCCCCUACGCCCCGGCCGCAGUAUGUUCGGUGUGGUGUUCGGUGUUGUCGCGUGUUCCAGAGUUCUGGACUCGUGUGGUCAUUAGAGUCGACUCUCAAUACACACGAAGUCGAGAUGUUCGACGUUAUUUCGAGUGGUCAAGGGAUCUUCAUCUGGAUGUCAUCAUCACCAGACAUCGCGAUGAAUUCGAAGGAGAUGACAAGCAGGAGAGGUCAAAGGUCCGCAAUGCAACCCGCGAGCUCGUCAGGCAUAUUGCGCGAUGUAGAAGCAUCCGCUUCAACGUGAUGUACAGCUCGUCAUUACCGUCCUUACUCCACGACUUUCAUCAGAAAGACGCUCCCCACCUGCACACUUUGAAGCUCAACUGCAAAGUGGACGAUGGUGGAUCCCCGCCUCAGAAACUUGUGCAUUGGAGAUUUGAUGCACCUGGUCUUCGCAACCUUUAUCUAGACGCCCGCAAUUUCUUCGAUGUCUGUGUAGACCGUAACAACUGGCUCAGGCGCCUACACGGCCUAAGCUCGCUUUCAGUUUCCCGCUAUCGCCACCUUUCAAACAAAGGCAUAGAUCUGUACAAGCUGUUGAGGGCAGUUGAGGAAUCCCCUGGCAUCGCUUACUUGGAGCUCAAGGACCUGCACUUCUCUCGAGUGCGUCCUUGGACUACAGUGAAUGAUAUUAGUAUAGAACUAAUAUCCAUGAACCUGGAAGACCUAGCAGGCGAGGUGCUCUCGGAAAUCAUCGGUUAUGUCGACAGCGCCUCAGAUGCAACUCGCAUUACUCGUUGCCCUAUCACUACUUGCCAUCACUCCCUAAUCUCUGGUGGCGUCGCAUUUCAUGAUCUCUCGGCUGACCAGGAUUUGAUGGUUCCUCUUGCACAUUGGCGCGGACGCACACUCUCGCUUGUUAAUUCUGCAUGCUUCCAUGAUAAUUUCCUACGAGACAUGUUGGAUGGAGGACCGCAUGACCAAUCCUUCGCAUGCAAGGGGGUGAAAGAAUUGUACCUUAUCAACUGCACGAAUUUUUCUCCAAGGUUGCUCAAGACUAUGGUUUCAACGCGGAGGAAGAUAGCACGCAGAUCCCUUUUCUGGAGACACGAUCACAACACCCUUGACUGGACAUUUCCAACCGUGGCGCCCAUUACAUUGAUAUCAGUCGAGGGUGGACCGGCGUUAUCCAAGGAUGACAGGAAGUGGUUUGAAAGGAAUCUUGGGUCAUUUCACUGGGAUGAGCAAGUUUCGUUCGAGGACCCUGACGAUAGUGACCCUGAUGACGGACGACAGAUGAUAGUUUGA